AUGACACGAGCUAAACUACCUGAGGAAGUUCUUGUUCAGUUUGAAAUGUUAAAUGGGUCCAACAAUGAGUGGAGUAUAGACAAGCUUCGAAAACGAUUGAAUGAAUAUAUUCUUGCCAGGGAAAGAGCAGAAAAGAAAGAUAAUGUGUUGGAAAAGAGAAUACAUGCAUCGUCUAUUCAAUCAGGAUACAAGCGAAAUUCAGCUCAACUAAGGAGUUAUACACAUUCAGCUCAGCCAAGAAACUAUACAAAUUCACCCCAACCGAGGAGUUAUUCGAAAUCAGCACACUCAAGAACUUAUUCAAGUUCUGCUCAUGUGCUUACAUUGAAUAACCCAAAGCAACUUGCACAUAGACAACAGACUGAAAAUUAUGCAGAUAAAUGUCGUUAUUGUAGGCAGAAACAUUGGAGCGAUGAGUGCACACAAUACCGAACUAUAAAUGAAAGAAAACAGCAAUUAAAAGACAGCUGCUUCAAGUGUUUAAAAACAGGUCACAAAUCAAGUGAAUGUAAGAAAAACAAAAUUUGUGCACACUGUGGUGAAGUGAACAAGCAUCACAGAAGUUUGUGUCCUCAAAAAAUCAAGGUGAAGGAAUCAAUGACGCAUUUAGCAAACGAAGAAACAGAAUAUAAAGAGACUGAAAUUUCUGAGGAAAAUGUUCUCGUGUCGUCAAAUGAAAUGGUGUUAAUGCCGACGGCAAUUACAGAUAUUAAAAAUCCAGAUACCUCUGCAACACAGUCUGUUAGACUUUUGUUGGACUCUGGAUCUCAUCGGACAUAUACAACUGAAAACUUAGCAAGAAAGUUACAUCUCAAAGUAACGGGAGAACAGGAAAUAAAACUUGUUACGUUUGGUAAUAAUAGUACGCAAUGCAUCAAAACAAAAUGUGCUAACAUUGAUGUUAAAUUGAAAAAUGGUGAAUACCAUUCAAUCAGUGUGAACAUAGUUCCGACAAUAAGUGGCAAUUUGCAUCAAAGUCCAGCAGGUGUUUUGGAUAAGGAGCACGUUAAACAUAUUAUUAGAAGUGUUGAUUUAGCUGAUACAUUACCAACUAGAAACGAAACAUCAUCAAUCGAAAUGUUAGUUGGUAACGACUAUUAUUUGGAUUUUAUUCUGUGUCAAAAGAUCGAACUAAAUUCUGGUUUGUUCCUUCUUGGGUCUAAGUUAGGAUGGAUCCUUACCGGAAGAACUUCUGAUCAAGAUAGUGAUGGCCCAUGUAUGCUUAUUCUAACGUAUGGUAAUUAUGCAACAAAUACAAGUUUAUUUGCCGAUGUGGAUAGUGUUGCACCUGUGAAACCAAAUUUAGAAGACUUUUGGAAUGUGGAGUCAAAAGGUUUUAUAGCAAAACAAAAUAUCUCAGAUGAUGACCAUGAAAAAGUUUCAGGAUAUAAUUCAGAUUGA